AUGAUCAAAAGUGCCAUUCAUAGUGCACUUACCCCUCUCCAGACUUCUAUUGACACUCUCACCACGAGAGUUGAGGUUUGUGAGUGUAGGCAUGGGGAGACCUCUGAGAUUACGACUUUGAAAGCCGAAGUAGCAGAUUUGAGGAAGGAUGUAGACUAUCUCAAGUUUACUGACUUCACUUCACUACUGAAGGCUACAGAUGAUUUGGAUGCUCUUAAGACAUCAAAGAUUCCUCCGGCCACCACCGGAGAUGUACAUAGGGAUGAUGUAGCAGUUAAUAAGUUAGAUGCAGAGACCGAUGAGGAGAAGAUAGAGGUGCAUGAUAUUACAAUUUAUGAUGAUCUGGCUGACCUGGAGGAUAUAAUGUUUGAGACUGAACGCCAGACUUAUUUGAGAGACACCACCAUGGGUGGACCUAGUGAAUCUUUUAUUCCUUCUAAGGUGACUGCGGGUACUAAGGCCUGA